UGAACGUUGAAGAAAGGGUUUGGUUCGUUUUUUGUUAAAAAAUAGGAGCUUCGAUAUACUUUAUACUAUACAUAUUAGCCUGCAAUCGAUCAUCUGUCAUCCGCAUCUAUCUAAAGACGUAAGUUUGUAUAUACUAUAGUUAAAUGUGGUUGUAUUCGUGUAUGUGUGUUCAAAGUGUUCAAUAUUUGUAUUUUAGUUUUCACCGUACUUUAUGCGAUAAUAAAAUAAAUCAUAAGAAGAGAGCGUAUGGUAUGGUUGACACAAGCGAACUCCACUUUGUAGACAAAGUCUCUACAAGGUGGGAACGCGACAGCGUACUGUCCGUUCAGCAGUAAAAGGCCUGGAACAGGGAUGGGACUUAACUCAGAGUUUUAGAGCAAAAGCUAAUGAAGACACCAACAAACUCCUGGUGAGAAAUAUCAAGGCAUUGACUGGCAUGGAAAAGAUGUCAGAUCAGAUAAUUGAAAGUAAGUUGCAGUAAAGGAAAAGCAUAGAUUACAACAACAAUAGGCUGUGUUUCUCACCAAUAAGUGAUUAUAUUGUAAGCACCAUAUAUUUUUUUGGAAUUCAGACUCAUCCUCUGUCAAAGAGGCCAGUGUUAAGAGACAUAUACAUGGCAUCCUCUAACGUAUUAACUUACUAAGGGAACUUUUUAAAAUCCAUAAAUAAGAUCUGCUAGAUGUAGAACAGUAAUUGCAUUAGUUUGCAGCUAGGGGUUAAUUAGCACUAAAGUCUGCCAAGCCCUUAGAUGGUUAUAUAGCAUACAAACUACAGGGUUGAAUAAGGGUUUUUUGUUCAAAAUAUUCAAAAUAUAUAUAAUGGCAAAUUUUACUUGUCAUAGAAAUGAUUUUUAACAGAGCCUGAAUCAUUGUAUAGUACCAGAAAUAGAAUAACAAAAUUAUGAGGUGUUACUAUGCCAAUUAAUGGUUAGGUAUAUAUAGCACUUUUUAUCGCCAUUUUCUGGUAGGCAGUUGAAUAGAUUGAAUUCUGUCUAAGUAAUUCUGCAUGGUACCCUCUAUUGCCUUGUUCAAUAACCUGUAUACUCAUCUGGCAUACUGCAUUGCUAUAAAUUGUUUAUAUAUGCAUGCCUAAAUAGAAACCGGUGUGCAUAUUGAGCAUUAUAGCUAGUAAAGAUGGGGUAUAUUGUAGUUUAUACAAGAAGUUUAUUUGAAAAGUAACUUUCACUUUCAGCCCUGGAUGACAAAAUGCAAACAGGUAUUGACAGGGUAAACAAGGUGUGUAGGUCUCAGCAUCCAUGCAUGAAAAAAUAUAUUUGAGGUGAUUCGAAUGUUUGUAGAGUUUUCUAUCCCGUCAGGAAAGAGAGUUCAAUUACGUUUGUUUCUGGUUUUAGCUGUAAAAAUUUAAUGAAGAAUAUCCUCGGAAUGUAUAUUGCGACUUAGGCAAAACACAAAAUCAUGCGGUUUGAAUACAUUUUAAUACAUACUUACUUUAACAUUAAUAUUCAUACACAAAAGGAGUACGUUAAGACCAUUAAAUUCAUAGGAUAAAAUAUAGAAUACAAGAGUCAAUUUCCAAGCCAUUAAAUAUUUUUUGAACACGAAAACAUGGCAACGAAGAUGACGAAUCAGUCUGGCGCACGUGUUAAGCUUAACCGGGGGUGUAGUCACAAAUUAUUUUGAUUGAUACAACACGUGACUACUGACUAUCAUUAUUAACUUUCACAUCAAAACUUAGAGAUAGCUAACGAUUUUAAGGGCUUGUUCCCUUGAAAAAUAAAAAUUGAAUCCGAUCAAACCUAGCCUCCGUUUCAAUUUGUUCUUGCUUCAAGCAUAGACCCAAACUGCUACCGCCGGUACACGGGUUGUUCGGAAGUAGGAAAUUUUGAAAACUUCCCAAAGCUUACGUUUGAUUUUGACCCACGGCAUAAAACAAGCUGCGGCAGAGUAUCGUUAAGUGGAGAUGCUGAUAUUCAUACAUUCAUGUUAGCAGACCGUAAAAAUAAUCAAUUUCAAAAGGAACUAAGGGCCUGUUCAUAUGAGGUGGGAUAGCCCGGUUAGCCAGGAGAGCUCGGCUUGCUGAGAUGAGUUUGAAGGUCGUUUCACAUGCAAUUCAUACCGCCUAUUAUCCCACUUAUUAUCCCACCUUUGCUAGGCAAGCGUGUGUGAUCGUGUUUUAAUACCGGCUCACCGGGAAAAAUCGAGAGUUUGCGUUCAUAUGCAUGGAAGCGAACCCCUCGGGAUAUAUUUUCCCUUCCCUCCCUCCAGGUCUAUAAAUGAUAAAUAUAUGAUUAGGUGAUUGAUUAUAUAUAUGCCGGAAUAGUUGAGUUUAUAUUCCUCUGACUCUGGUGCCAUAAACGAAAAACGUACCUCACCAAUCUUCUCUUAGGUGAGACAAUUGCAUGAAUCCCACUUAUCCCGAGAACGUUGCCCUUUUUCGGACGAACUUGCAAGAUUGAAUCAGUCUGAUACCAUUUUCUAGGAGCAAUGAAGGCGCAUUUCUUGACAAUGCGGAGGAGACGCAAGGAGGUCGAUUCAGGGCAGAGAAGCAAUGUUUUGCAAAAUGACGACGUCGCCAUCGCAAGGCAGAUAAACUUCGACGCCGGCUGGAUGCACUAAAUAAAACUACCUCUUGGCCUGAGGCUGAAAAAGCAGAAUUUAGAAAGGGGAUGAAAAUGUCAUGUAUGUCUCCCGAGCACAGCGAGGAAGAGGUAAUUGAAAGAGAUGGCGAGUCCGAAUCCGACGAUGACGCUUUGGGUACGAAGAAAAUAUUAAAAACCCGCCCAUUGUCAUGGCGUAGCGAGAGAUUCCAAAGCGUGUUGGAAAGCUUGGACCGGAAAUAUACCAGGCGAAUUUCGGAGAAGGCUCGCUCCAUGUUCAAAGAAAGAAUUAUGGGCGAAAGAAUGGUUUGUUUGCCAGCAAGUGACAUCCCUGAUUGGAUGAUUAAAAAUUAGAUGAUUAUGGCAUCCAUUGAUGAUGGAAGAAAGUUAAAUUUAAAAACAGGGUUGUACGGUAUUUAAAGAUUGAGGGUGCUUGUUUAGGAUGCUUUUUGGUCAACGACCUUCGCGCUCGACUCGCAAGGAGGGAAAACAAAAAGCAAACGUUAGCGAAAACAAGCCAUUUUUGCGAGAUUUGGUUUUACUAAGUGGCCCUGACGACCAAGUCGUACCCCGGCAAGGAACACGUCUCGCUCUGAAUGAAAGAGGUCACGUUAUUUCAGGGUGCAGAUUUACAAAAAGUCAGUCAAUGAUGGAAGUCGAAAGAGCGAUAAUUGAGGCUUUUGAUGGUAAAAUUCCACCCGGUGUGGAUAUUGAAUUAUUAGUUUCCGUUCAUUCACGUCUGGUGGUUCCAUCACUGGCACCUGGACAGCAUGGUAUAGAUGGUGCCAUGCUACAGCGGCUGUAUAGAAAUAAGCCUGUUUAUAUCCGCCCAAAUCAACAACUCUUUGACUUGGCCUCAUAUGGAAAUGUAGCACAGCAAACCAAUAUGUUGUCAAGUCCUCUGUCAACUUGUGCUCAAGAAGAAGAAUUAGAUGAGUGUUUUCUGGAUUGCCAAACUGAUGAAAGCAAUGUUACCACCCAUCCCCAUUCAUUUAAUUUCAACUCCAACAUACCUGCUUCCCACACCCAGUCCCAACAUGCCAAUUUUGACAUCCAACCUACUACAAUGAAUGCAGGCACCCACCCCCCUUUAACAAAUGUCAAUUCCAAUCACCCUCCAACUGAUGCUGAUACCCAGCCUUCCCUGACAAAUGUUAAUAGCCAGCCUACACUGCCUUGUCUUAACACUCAACCCCAGCAGGCCAAUGUCAACACCCAACCUAUACAGACCCAAGCGAUCCAACCUAAUCAAAUAAAUGUCAACUCUAACCACCCUCCUAUUAAUGUCAACACCCAACCAGCUCCACCCAAUGUUGUUGAUGAAGAAAUUGGUGAACAUGAAGAUCAGACUCGUAGUCCACAGCAGGAAAUUAUUGAUGUUGAAACAGGGCAGGUUUUUUCUGAUAUGGAUGAAGCUGAUUUGCAUUUAAUAACAAUGUACACUCCAAUGCUUCCCAAAACAGUCACCGUCCACCGAUCCACCAUCCGUAAGGAUUUAACCGAAAUAUUUACCGACCCAAGCAUUUUGAACAGUUAUCUUGAUGUGGUUGUGAUCGAUGCACGUGGUGAACCAGAGAAAGGAAAAGGGAAGGGUGUUAUAUUGGAUGUUUUGACACAUUUUUGGGACAAUUGUUUUAUGUCUUUAGCUGUGGGAAGGAAGGAGAAAACACCAUUCAUAAGGCACGAUAUGCAGAAACGUGAAUGGCAAGCUAUUGCUCGUAUUCUUGUCUAUGGAUACAAGAAUUAUGGUUAUUUCCCACUUCAACUUUCUUUUCUGUUCAUGGCAUCAUGCUUGUUUGGGGAGGAAUGCAUCACAACGGAAUUUCUACUUGCCACAUUCAAAGAAUAUAUCCCAGCUGAAGACCAGGAUGUUCUGGAUCAGUGUCUUGGUGAUAGCUUUGACAAAGAUGCUGAAGAUGUCAGUGACUUUUUGUCUUCUUUGAAGUGCUUUAGAGUAGCAUCGCAGGAAAAUAUUAAAGAAAUUAUCAACGAAUUGGCACAUCAGGAGCUGAUACAGAAACCAAGAUACAUUGUGAACUGUUGGGCUCCUAUGUUACAUAUGUUACAAGAGCAUAAAGCAUUCCAAACCUUUGAGGAUCUCAAAGAGUUGUAUAAAAGCAAAACCCCUACUGCAAAGAAAAUUAUAAAGCUAUUUCGAGCAGAGCCUUCCAAUGAUGCUGAACGAGAGAGUCUUGCCCACCUGAAGCGAUUUGUGAAGUCCUGA